AUGAACCCAAUAAUAUGCGCACUGGAUACACAAGACUUAAAUAAGGCUAUUUCUCUAGCUAAUAUUCUGCGUGGUAAAGUUGGCAUGGUAAAGCUGGGAUUAGAAUUUUUUGCUGCUCAUGGUCUCUCUGGAGUGCAAGAAGUUGCAAAAUGCAAUGUACCAAUUUUUUUAGAUCUGAAAUUGCAUGACAUUCCAAACACUGUAGCUAAAACCGUUGAAGUAAUAAAAGUUCUGAGUAUUGAAAUGUUAACUCUGCACAUUAGCGGUGGAACGAAAAUGCUUGAAGAAGCGCUAAGUGUGGUGCAAGGCACAAAAAUAAGGCUGAUUGGAGUGACAGUGCUAACUAGUAUGAGCAAUGAGGAUUUAAACGAGCUUGGAGUAGCAAGAGAGGUGAAAUUACAGGUAAUUUUGCUUGCAAAGCUUGCAAAAAAGAUUGGACUCUAUGGAAUAGUCUGUUCUGCAUUGGAAGCUCAAGAAGUGCGCCAAGAAUGCGGUGAAGACUUUAAAAUUAUUACUCCAGGAAUUCGUAUAGAUCCAGGUCAUGACGACCAAAAAAGAACAGCAACACCAAGAGAAGCAAUAAAUUCAGGAGCCGAUUAUAUCGUCAUUGGCAGACCCAUUACAAAAACUGCAAGUAGUGCAGAAUUGAUAUUGAAAUCCCUUAUCUAA